AACAUAGCUUGUUUUCCUAUUGCACUAUUAUCCACGACUCUUAAUCUUGUUAAUUUUAUUAUUUGAUUAGAAACUGUUGAUGUACAAAUAUUUCUGGACAACGGUUUAACCAACAGUCCGCUAAUAACCAUUGCGUAAUUUUCUGAAAACGUCAAUAUUCAAUAUAUUUUUCACAUGUUACGUACAAAUUAUUAUGAUACCGAACAUAAUGCGCCGUUGUACCGUCGAUAUCGAGUAGGUUAUAUACGUACAUAAAUUGCAGAUAACAACCAAUAUACAGUUCAUUAAACAAAAAUCAAGAAUUUUUCUUAGAUAUUCAGAAAUCUUCAAUAUUCGAAAUUACCUUGAAACCGCGGAAGAUAUUUUUUCCCAAUGUCUUAACUGAAAGUUUCAAAGAAACUGGCUUUUAAGAAGACCUACUGAUUGAACAUAACCUAUUCUAUAUGUACACAACGUGUAGAAUCAUGGACAAGAUACAGUGUUACAGAAAAAUAAUAAGACAGUUACACUUUAUUCAGAAACUUCGUGCAAGUUCGAUACUUGUGCGAAAUUGUAGUACAAGUAAAAAUUCAAACGACGAAUUAACAAGUAUGAAAGAACAAGAUACCGAUAUUACUAAACCUAAGCUAAGUGGAUUUGCGGCAUCCUACGAAAAAUUCGCAGCUUUAAGUGAAGAUAAUGCUUUGAAAAAUGUCAAGUCUCGUUCGUUUACCUCUUUGAUUCGACGUUCCAAGUUUAUAGACCUUGGAGAUCCCCAAGGAAAAGUUGUGGUUGGAAAGAUAUUUAAUGUUGUUGGAGACGAUUUAUACAUUGACUUUGGAUGGAAAUUUCAUUGUGUAUGUCCAAAGCCUAAAAAGAACUCUAGUAAAUACGUCAGAGGUUCUAUGGUUAAUCUAAGAAUAAAGGAUUUAGAAUUGUCUACAAGAUUUUUGGGGUCAACUACAGACUUAACAAUAUUGGAAGCAGACUGCAUCCUGUUAAAUCUAAUAUCCUCUCCAGUACAAGAUCUAUACAAAGAAGAGUAAAAUCUUUUUGUACCACAUAAUAAAGACUCUCAAACGCGUAUACAUGUUAACCUUUCUUUGUUUUUUAU